UCGCCUUCGUCGCUUGGAAGGCGAAACAUACGACAUUGCCAACAAUCGAACAGUCCGCCGCCAAUUCCCGACCACCGUGCACCGCCGACCACGAGUUUUUGAAUUCAACAUUUUUGAACGUUACGUCAGUCGGGUCGUUGCAGCAGCAACAAAAAAAAUAUUUUUGGCGCCGUUUUAUUUGUGCCCCGUGUGUGUCGCGUUUUGAAAUCACAGCAAAACAAGGAGCUUGGCGAGUUUUUGCGUUUUGAAAUCGGCUUCGUGUCAGGAGUUUUUGAAAAUCAACAGGGGCUGCAAAAUCCGACAAAGAAAAAUACCAAAAGGCUGCGUGAGGCAAGAAACCGCCAUCGAAUAUGACAACCUCAACGCGCAGCAGUAGCAAUACCAAUAGCAGCAACAACCACAACAACGACCGCGAAGAGCGUACCACCGCCAGCACCACCACCACCUACAACCACCAAAGUCCAACCGGGUCAGGAUCCGGGAGCGCAGGAGCCAUCAUUGGAUCCACGAAUCGAGUAAUGCAGGCAGACGAGGACUUUAACAUUCGCUUUGUCAACCUAGUGCGCACCCACAAAUGUCUCUAUGACAAAAAGGUGCCAGAAUACCGCAACAGAGACAACCAAGAGAAGGCUUGGGUGCUUAUUUCAAAGGAGACGCGAGAAAGUGUAAUCCACUGUAAGGAGCGAUGGCGGAAUCUGCGUGCCUGCCUCUCCCGCUAUAUAAAGCAGCAAUCCGGAUCAGAGCCCCAGCACAAGCCGUACUACCUGACCGAGCACAUGGCCUUCCUGCUACCCUUCCUCAAGUCCAGUCGCAACUCCUUGGAAGGAAACAAUAGCCUGGCCACGCUAUAUCAGAUAUCCCAGCAGCACCUGCAGCACCAGCAUCAGCCAUACCUCCUGAAUUCAGCCAUCCUUGCCCACGAGGAGCACAAAUAUUGCUCCACCACCAACAUCAAUAAUAAUAACAUUAGCACCAAUAGCGAAAAUAUAGAGGAUGUCCUGGAGAUGAAGUACUCAAUAUCAGAGAAGGACGAUGAGGAGACCAUUGACGCCUUUGAUCCUGCGGUGACCAACACCCUGGGUCUACGGCGACCACCGUCUACGCCCACACACAAUACCACCCAACAAAGGGGAGGAGGUGAUUCACCCACCAGGAGCGAUACGGCCAGUGCGGACAGCUUGAAGAACUUCAUUCCAGAUGUGCAACUUGCGGAGAGUGGUUCGCAGCUCAUCUAUAAUGAUAGUGGUCAUAUCACACCACCUCCUCUGCAUUACCACCCGCACUCACAUCCACAUCCGUUAGGCAUGGCGAUGGAACACCAUCCUUCGUCUUUUGAACCGGGCAGUUCCAAAAGAAUCAAGACGGAAUGCGAGGCCACCAGCACUAUGACAAAUGCAGGAAGUUUCUAUGGCGGACUGAGUUCCUCGGAAGUAGCGGACAUGGAGUUCUUUCGCAGCAUCCUUCCAGAUCUUGCGGCUCUUACUCCCCAGCAGCGUCGCAAGUUCAAGAUUGGCAUCCUGGAGCUAAUUGACGACGUUGUAACCCGUUAUCCCGCUCAAGACCACUGCAACGGUGGUGGAGUAUCCAGCGUCGUCAAUGGCAGUGGAGGAAGUAGCAAUGGUGGAUCUGUGAAGCAUCAAAGGCGUGGUACUGGCAGGGAAUGGAGAAAACAAUAAAGGAAUAUAAAGGGAAACGGAAAGUCACUAAUCCUUAACUAGAAACAUAAUAAGUUUAGUUAGACGUUUAACGUGGAACUGAAGUUUGAAUGGAAACCAUUACACCAGCUUACUUCAGUCCGCUCACUGUUCAUGUGUUGUGUGUGCCCAAUAAGAUGAGUAAGUAAUGUACGAGUACAGGACCAAAAAGAUUCACGUUUCAGGACUUUUGUUCGAUUUUGAAUUCUUAUAAUUUCUAUUUUUAAAUUUACAAAGAUUUUAAACAUUAAACAACUCUUACAUUGUCAGGAUUUCAGUCCAUUAACAUUAAUAAUCUAAUGAAAGGAAUUUAACUUUAAAAUCGAAAUUAACCCCAAAAAUAAGUUUUUAAAUUUCAAUCAAAAUCGAACAGAAUGAACGUGAUGUAUAUGGGUGUCCUGGAUAAGCCAUUAAGCUCUAAAUAAAGCAGUCCAGAAAUCCCCAAAACAUAGGGUGAUUACAAAACUGUUUCUGUGUUUAAGGCGAUUUCUUGGCUACUUCGUUUAGAGCAAAAAUAUUUAAAUUUAAGAAAACUGUAUAUAAUACUGCUGCCUCUAAAGCUUAAACUAUAGAAUCGAUGUACAAAGAUGUUUUUGUUUAAGUCAAACAAAAUAUAUAAAGAGAGUGAAGGAAAUCAAA